CAAAUUUUGUUCGCAGUGAAUCUGAUUUACUAUUUAACAAGUUUGAUAGAGUACGAAGUGCGCACGAAGCAUUUGUUUCAUCUCUAUAUCUGAGUUUGAGGCAAAAGAAAAACCCCAAAAGACAAAACCCUAGAAAUUGAGAAUUCUCAGUCUCAAAUUCUCAAUUUCAUACAUAGGGAUUGAUUGAGAGAACAAUCAGAAAUGGAUUUCGACGAGUACGAUUACUUGGAGAAGACAGUGGAGGAACAACAAGAAGACAAAGAUUCUUCUAAGAAGAAGAGAGAAAGUAGCGACAAAACCGAAAAGAGUUACAGAAAGCGCGAUGAGAUCGAAGAUGGAACCGAAGAGAAGCGGAGCAAGAGGUCCAGCGGCGGCGAUGACGAGCAUGUUUCCAGGAAGGAUAGAGAUCGUGAUGAUGACCGCGAUAAGGAGCGUCAUAGGAGUGGCAGAGAUAGGGAUAGAGAUAGAGAGAGUGAGAGGAGUAGCAGAGAUAGAGACAGAGAUAGGGAGAAGGAUAGGGACAGAGAGAGAGAUAGGGAUAGGAGAGAUAAGGACAAAGAGAGGGAGAGGAGGGAUAGGGAGAGGGAGAAGGAGAAGGAAAGGGAGAGAGAAAGGUCCCGGAGGAGUAAGAGUCGUUCUGAGAGAGAUAGAGAGAUAGAACGAGAGGAGAAAGAGAGGUCUCGGAGAAGCAUAAGUCGUUCUGAACGAGAAAGGGAGAGAGAACGGGAGGAGAGAGAGAGGUCCAGGAGGAGCAGAAGUCGUUCUGAGCGCGAUUUGGAUAGAGAUAGCCGGAGAUUUAGGGACAAGAAAGAAGCAGCGGAGCCUGAGGCAGAUCCAGAAAGGGAUCAAAGAACUGUUUUUGCCUAUCAGAUGCCCUUAAAGGCAACAGAAAGGGAUGUUUAUGAAUUCUUCUCAAAAGCUGGCAAGGUGAGAGAUGUUCGUCUGAUAAUGGACAGGAACUCAAGACGAUCUAAAGGAGUGGGGUAUAUUGAAUUUUAUGAUGCAAUGUCGGUGCCAAUGGCAAUUGCUCUCUCCGGCCAACUUCUUCUUGGACAACCUGUAAUGGUCAAACCUUCUGAGGCUGAAAAGAACCUAGUUCAAUCUAAUACUACUAGUGGAGCUGCUGGUGUGACAGGACCAUAUGGAGCAGUGGACAGAAAACUUUAUGUGGGGAACCUUCACUUCAAUAUGACUGAGAGCCAGUUGAGGGAGAUUUUUGAGCCAUUUGGUACUGUGGAGGUUGUGCAACUGCCUCUUGACCUUGAGACAGGACAUUGCAAGGGUUUUGGGUUUAUUCAAUUUGCCCAUCUAGAGCAUGCCAAGGCUGCCCAGAGUUUAAAUGGAAAAUUGGAAAUUGCUGGCCGAACUAUCAAGGUUUCAUCUGUAGCAGACCAUGUUGGAAGCCAAGAUACAACAGCAAAAUCUGCAGACUUUGAUGAUGAUGAAGGUGGACUGGCUUUAAAUGCCCAAUCAAGAGCAUUGCUUAUGCAGAAGCUGGAUCGCUCUGGAAUUGCUGCAAGCAUUGGUUUACCUAUAAAUGGGUCAGCUCCUGCUCCACAGGCAUUUAGUUUGCCUAUUAGUAAUCCUGGAUUAAUACCAGCACUAGGUCUACCAAAUCAAAUUAUGCCUACCCAAGUUGCCGAACCUGUCGGAACCCCCAGCAACUGUUUACUGUUGAAGAAUAUGUUUGAUCCAACCACUGAGACAGAGCCAGAUUUUGAUCUAGACAUUAAAGAAGAUGUAGAAGAAGAGUGUUCUAAAUAUGGGAGGGUGAAGCAUAUCUAUGUUGACAAAAACAGUGCUGGUUUUGUGUAUUUGAUGUUUGAAACGGUGGAAGCAGCAAGUGCUGCUCAGCGUGCAAUGCACAUGAGGUGGUUUGCACGCAAAAUGAUUUCAGCUAUAUACAUGCAACCUCAGGUAUAUGAAGCCAAGUUUAAAGGGGAAGUUUGAAGAACUGCUUGCAGGCUUGUGGCUCUUAAAGACGACAAUCUGCGUAUUUUCUCAUAAUAGUUUCAGAGAUCGAGUUUUAGUUUGUGAAUUCUGAUUCAUGACUUGUAUCAUUAGAUGUAUAAUUACAGAAAUUCAACUGUGGUGAUAUUCAUGAUCAAUAAUUAACUAUUUUGUAGCUUAAUGUAUUUUACCCGUUGUUACUCGUGGCUACUAUACUCACUACCGAUUUGGGAGUGUAAUUUUUCAUACUGGACAGCUAAGUUGUAAAAUUCAACAGAUAUGUUUAAUUGGCUUCAAAAAUUGAUUGAAAAGAGCUAAGAGGUUGAGAAAAGUGGUAUCAACUACUAAA